CUCGGAGACUCGCAGAGGUGCCCCACGGUUGUCAAUAAACAACUGACAGAAGCGUUUCUAUGCGAUUUAAUCGAGGUUUGGAAUUUGAAGUGACGAUUUUUGGGGCGAUCGCUCCUUUGGAAUAUGGAGCCUUGGCGCAGUUAUGCAACUAUUUGCAGGUUGUGCUUGCAGAAAGACGGCUUUAUGCUAGGCAUAUUUAAUCACAUACAAGGCAAGGACAGGAGCAUUUACAAGAAGAUUAUUGAUUGCACGGCACUCCAGAUAUCCAGUGGAGAUGGUUUACCCAACGUAAUUUGCCACAGAUGCCUCUACAAGAUAGAAUUUUGUCUGGAAUUCCGUCAACUUUGUUUCAUGUCUGACGCUACUCUGCGCCAAUUGACGGGUACAGCUAAAGAAAAUGGAUCUGAUGCUGUUAACGGAAAUACGCAUUUGCCGAUAUAUGAACAACUGGGAGGUGACGAAAACGUAGUUAUGGUAGUGGAUCCACAAGCCUACGACUACGAAUCCGACUUCGAGUCGGAUAAGGACGUCGUCCCGAGCGAUGUAGAAAACGGAGAAUCGAACGACGUCGAACCUGAACCGGAGCCCGAAGGAAGAGGUGUGAUAAUGUGCAAAUACUGCGAUCACGCCUUUACGGAUAGCUCUGAGUGCGUAAAUCACGAAGCCAGCGUUCACAAUACCGAUACUCCGUACAGCUGUGGCAGCUGUUUAAUGAGUUUUGCUGAUAGAGCAGUGUAUUCGGCGCACCUGAAGAGCGUACACAAGAACGACAAACCUUAUAAUUGCCCUCAGUGUAACAGAACGUUUGCUAGGCGUUCAGACCUCCGCAAACACACCAUAGUCCACACCGGCGUAAAACCCUUCACCUGUCCCAUCUGCUUCAAAUCCUUCUCGAGAAACACCAACCUCUCGAAGCAUAUGCGAAUACAUUCCGGAACGAAGCCGUUCGUUUGUCCAAAAUGCCCCAAAACGUUCACCUCGAAGGCCGAUUUGUCCAGGCACGCCAUUAUCCACAACGGGCAACGACCGUUCAGCUGCAAUUAUUGCCAUUUGAGUUUCGGACGCAAGGACAAGCUGCAGAGGCACGAGAAGAAGCAUUUCCCGCAAGAGAAGGAAGACAAGUCGAGGGAGUUGCAGAUUAUGAGGGAGAAUUUGUCGAUUUUUACUAGUGAUCAGAAAGAAGAGGAGAAACAAGAAGGUUCAUCUGAAAAUAUGAUUAUAGACCUGGACCCAUUCAGUCAUAAUGACUACACCUCCGAGACCACUCCGCAAAGAGGAGAGAUGUCGGAGCUUGAUCCACCCGCCGAAAUCGACGAUGAUAGAGACGAUAGUUCCUAUACGGGGAGCAAGAAUACUUCAAAACCGGACAAGCCAUUUAGGUGUUUGCAAUGCCCAAAAAGCUUCUCCAAAGCAGAAAAUUUAUUAUCUCAUCAAGCCAUACAUUCUGGGAAUAGACCGUUCGGUUGUCAUAUUUGCAAUAAGUCGUUCAUACGCAAAAGGGAAUUGGACAGGCACAUAGCGACGCAUUCAGGAAUGAAGCCUUUCAAAUGUCCCAGGUGUACGAAGAGCUUUGGUCGAAAAGACAAGAUGAUGCGGCACAUGCGCAUCCAUGACGUCAACAAGACCUUCACGUGCGGAGUGUGUUAUCACACGUUCAAUAGAAGAGAUAGUCUUCACCAGCAUAUGAGGGCGCAUCACGCUACCAAAGAGACUGUAGAGACUGGUAAUGGACUGGAAUGAUACGUUAUGUAUUUAUAUUAUAGUGGUUAUAUGAUUGAUUGGAUCUAGGAUUUCCUGUUGCCUUGUAUCACUUUUAUAGUGUUGCUAUUUUUAUUGUCAACUCAUGUUGUAUUUUGUAUUAAUUAUAAAAUAAUGUUGAUGUU